CGCGAUGAAGAUGAUGAUGACAAGGGCGACGAUGCCUUUUUCUUCUCCUGGUUCCGGUGCAUGCAUGCUUUCUCCUCCUCUUCAAUUCUUGUCUUCAUCACAUAAUAGAUUUCAUCCCAAAUCCCUUCAUUUUAAUACCCUGGAUGAUGCCCUCUCUUCUUUUAAUCUAAUGCUUCAUAUGCAUCCUCCUCCCUCUAUUGUUGAUUUCGCUAAACUUUUAACCUCCAUCGCUAAAAUGAAACACUACUCCACUGUGCUUUCUCUUUCUACCCAAAUGGAUUCUUUCGGAAUUCCCCCCAAUGUUUACACUCUUAACAUCCUCAUUAACUCUUUCUGCCAUUUGAAUCGGGUGGAUUUUGCUUUCUCCGUUUUAGCCAAAAUCCUCACACUUGGGCAUCAACCCGACACUACGACCUUCACCACUCUGAUUAGGGGGCUGUGUGUUGAGGGUAAAAUCUGUGAAGCCCUCCACUUGUUUGAUAAAAUGAUUGGGGAAGGUUUUCAGCCCAACGUGGUUACAUAUGGAACAUUGAUAAAUGGGUUAUGCAAAGUGGGCAACACUAGUGCCGCUAUCAGGUUACUUAGAAGUAUGGAACAAGGAAAUUGUCGGCCUGAUGUAGUUAUCUAUACCUCCAUCAUUGAUAGCCUUUGUAAGGACAGACAAGUAACCGAGGCUUUCAACCUUUUCUCACAGAUGGUCGGUCAAGGCAUUUCACCUGAUAUUUUUACUUACACCUCACUAGUUCAUGCGCUAUGUAAUUUGUGUGAGUGGAAACAUGUUACAACACUGCUUAAUCAAAUGGUAAAUAGCAAGAUACUGCCAGAUGUAGUUAUCUUUAGUACAGUGGUGGAUGCACUCUGUAAAGAAGGAAAGGUUACGGAAGCACAUGAGAUAAUCGACAUGAUGAUUCAAAGAGGUGUGGAGCCUGAUGUAGUCACCUACACUACCUUGAUGGAUGGACACUGUUUGCAAUCUGAAAUGGAUGAGGCAGUUAAAGUAUUUGAUAUGAUGGUUCGUAAGGGAUUUGCCCCUGAUGUUAUCAGCUAUACAACUUUGAUCAAUGGUUAUUGCAAGGUUCAUAGGAUAGAUAAGGCCAUGUAUCUCUUUGAAGAAAUGUGUCGAAAAGAAUGGAUUCCUGACACCAAGACUUACAACACUCUUAUGCAUGGCUUGUGCCAUGUGGGAAGACUCCAAGAUGCAAUAGCACUUUUUCAUGCGAUGGUAGCUCGUGGCCAAAUGCCAGAUCUUAUCACUUAUAGCAUUUUAUUGGACUCUCUAUGCAAAAAUCGUCAUCUCGAAGAAGCUAUGGCUUUGCUUAAAGCUAUUGAAGCUAGUAAUUUGAAUCCUGAUAUUCAAGUUUAUAAUAUCGUCAUUGAUGGCAUGUGUAGGGCUGGUGAACUUGAGGUUGCAAGGGAUCUCUUUUCCAAUCUCUCCUCCAAAGGUUUGCAUCCUAGUGUUUGGACUUAUAAUAUUAUGAUCCAUGGGCUCUGUAAGAGAGGUUUAUUAAAUGAGGCAAAUAAGUUAUUUAUGGAAAUGGAUGGGAAUGAUUGCUCACCAGAUGGUUGCACUUACAAUACAAUUGCCCGAGGAUUUUUACAAAAUAAUGAGACAUUGAGAGCUAUUCAACUUCUUGAGGAAAUGCUUGCAAGGGGAUUUUCCGCUGAUGUAUCCACCACCACAUUGUUAGUGGAAAUGUUAUCUGAUGAUGGAUUAGAUCAAUCUGUAAAACAAAUUCUACGUGGAUUUUUUAAUUAAAGAGUUAUGAUAUUCAUCAACUCUAGAUAUGGAAUUCUUGGAGGGUCUUACUUAUCUCUGUUGUUGUAAAUGACUUGAUUGUAUCAACAAGUUUUUGCAAGCAAGUUUAAUUUAUUAAAAAAUCAUGUUGCUGCAAGAGAUGAUCUAGUUCAUUCCAAUUUCUGUUAUUUUUGUAUGUUUACUUGCCAUUG